AUGCCGUCGAGUAGCGUCCUUCCGGCCGAGGAGGUAGCACAAACCCUUGCGUUUGCUCGACUUUGUCCAUUGGUGGAAGGGGAGCAGGACGAUGUCGACGACUGUCGCCAACGUGUCGAGUAUGAGGUGUUACGAGACGCCGAAGAUGACGACGACGACGAACCAGACGAGGAGAUCCUUCAGCUAUCAAUCCCGGAGGAGUAUCGGGACACUGUUGGAGGCACGGAGACCGCCCUCUACGCCUUCACCGGAGUACUAAGGGACGACGCCACUCAGGAGGAAGUCUUUCAUGUGGCAGCGCUAGAUACUGUGGAUUCGUGCUUGCGGGGCUUCAGCGGCACCAUUCUUGCAUACGGCCAGACGAACAGCGGCAAGACAUGGACCGUCACGGGCGGCGAGAGCUUCGAGGAUCGAGGCUUGGCGCCUCGAGCAAUCGGAUACCUCUUCCGCGAGAUCAGGAACGCCGAGACCAGUGGGCUGUCUACGCGCUACGCGGUACGAGCAUCCUACCUCGAAGUGUACGAGGAUCGCAUUUACGACCUCCUGGACGUUUCUAAUCGAGAUGACAAGCCCAUGGAGGAGUGGGCGACGGUUACGUCGAUGACCGAUGGCGAGGGAAACCAGGUGUUCAAGGGGCUGACGACGUUCGACGUCGACAACGAGGAGGACACCCUCAACUUGUUCUUCAUGGGCAACUCUCACCGCAUCAUGGGUGAGACACCCGCAAACCCGGGGUCUUCUCGCAGUCACACUGUGUUCACCCUUUCCAUAUCAUCGGAGACGGAGGAGGAAAUAUCCACGGCCCACGGAGAUCGGGAUGACGAUGGCGAUGAGAUCGUCCGUGAUGGUGGAGAUGGCGAGAAAAGCGUAACCCGAACAGUAGUGAGCGAGUGCGAGCUCACCCUGGUCGAUCUGGCCGGCUGCGAGAGGAUGUACAAAAACGACCGACACGGAUACUCCGCGGGCCUCGACGGCGCGACCGACGUCGAGCUAAGCGACCCCUCCGCCGUGCCGGAGCAAGAGGCGAGAAGGGCCGCACGGGAGCGUGAAGGCAAGAAGAUCAACUCCGACUUGCAGAAGCUUGAGAAGGUGAUGCGAGCGCUCCAGACAAACCCGGGGGCACACGUCCCUUACCGGGAGAGCACCCUGACGUCGGUCCUGCGAAAGCCGUUGGGAGGAGCAGAGUGUAGGACCGUGUUCGUGGUGACCCUUAGCUUGGAUCUGGAAGACCUGGCUGAGACCGUGGCUACGUGUAGGUUCGGGCAGAGCUGCCGCAAGGCGAUAUGCGGCAGCAUCCCUGAUCUUCCUGAGGUCGGCGACGCACGACUCGAGCCCUCCGAAGAGCUCCGCAUCCUCAGGCGAGAGGCGGCCGACAUGAAGGCCUCGCUCGGGGCUAAAGAAGAUCUCUUGCGAGAGCUAGCCGAAGAAAUCAGGGAGAAGGACGGCGACAUCGCGGAGGCAAUGGAGAAGCUCGAGGCGGUAGAAGAAGCGCACGCUUUCCACACGACGAGAUCGCCCACCGAGGAGGACAAGGGCGCAUGUGCCGUGCUCGCGAAGGCCCUCGCGGACGGCUCGAACGAUGCGGAAGAGGCUCUUGAGGCUCCCAAGGAGCUGGACCGCGUGUCAGCCCUGCAGUGCUGCCGCAACCUCCAAAAAAUCAUGAUGGCGGAGGUAGGGCAGCUGCAGGAGCAGGUGCAAGCCUUCGAAGAGGAAGAGAAACUCGCGAAGAAACUGGGCGGUCGGCUAGCUGACCGAGAGGUCACCGUCACCCGGGCUAUCGACGCGGCCCCCUCCGACGACCCCCGAAGCGGCAGCGAGCAAAGCGGCGGGGGGUCGAGAAGCGAGACUUGUUCAUGCGAUGACGGCGACCUCGAGAGCCUCCCCAUAGCCGACGACAACGAUGAUCGAGCGGGGGGACCGACGAUAUCGGCGUCGGAGACGGAGGCGGAGGCGGAGGCGGCGGCGGCGGCAGCGGCGGCGGGUUUGGCCGAGGUACUCCAGCAAGAGGGGGGCGGGGACGGUGGCGAUGAAAGCGGUUCUACGUACGGCUCCGUGGAGGGCAUGGAGGCGACGGCAGUCCUCGAGAAUGAUGGUAAGGGCGGGAGUGGUGGUCAGAAAAAUAAUUUUGACGCGCGAGGGGAGGAAGAGGAGGAGGAGGAGGGGCAAAACGAGGGAAUAGGGGCGGGGUAUGGGUCAAACCACGGCGACAGCGACAGGAACGGCGAGGACGAGGCAAGCGAGGAGGAAGUGGAGGAGGAGGAAGGAGAGGAGGAAGUGGAAGAGGAGGGGGAGGGAGAGGAAGAGGAAGAGGAGGAAGAGGAGGAGCCGGAAGAAGAAGAGGAGGAAGUGGAGGAGGAGGAGGAGGAGGAGGAGGAAGAGGAGGAGGAGGAGGAGGAGGAAGAGGAGGAGGAGGAGGAAGAGGAGGAGGAGGAGGAGGAAGUGGAAGAGGGCUACCACGACGACCUGGGGUCAACUACGGAAAGCCAUAUUCAGAAGGUCGCUCGCGGUCCAAGCAUACCACAAGGCAAGACUUCCGCGUUCGGGACUACCCCAGCUCAGCGCAAAGGAGGCUCUCGAGUUGGCGCCAACAGCGGCAGCAGCUGUGCGAGCAGCAGAAGAAGUAGUAGCGUGGGAAGCAACAGCGGCAGGUACCGCGCAGACAGCGAUCGUAGCAACAAAGAAGGUACGCAGAAUGAAGCUUGGGAGGAGCAGGAGCAAGAGCAGGAGGAGGAGGAGGAGAGGGAGGAAGAGGGGGAGGAGGAGGAGGAGGAGGAGGAGGAGGAGGAGGAGGAGGAGGAGAAAGUGGACGGACAAAGCGGGUGGGAUGAAUCGAGCGGACUGAUGAGGGACAAGGAUGACGCUACCGCAAACGGACCAAAAGGCGCAGUUAAGCCUUCCCGCGCACACCUCGAGCGUGGCCUGGGCACCCGCGCUUUCCGCGCGAGAGGCGAGGCGGCGGGAAGCACGAACAUCCGAGAUGGAGACCCUCCUAUCCCGCAGCACCGUCGAAGCCUCACACGGAACGUUGGCACGCGAGACGUUAGAGCUCGAGAACUCGGCUCUCGAGAUCUCGGCACCGGCGGCCGGGGGCUGGGCGACGCGGCGGGUAGCGAGGAUGACGGCAGCGAUGUCGUCGGAGGUCGCCCCCCGCCUCUUUCGGUGAUAGCGGACGAUGAGGCCGAAGGAGCGGCGAUCGGUCCGUUUCUUCCGUCGUACGGAAACGGCUUCGGGGCCGGCGGCAGGGGCAGCGGCAGCAACGUGUUUUCUUCCGGCAGUGCCGGGACCGCCCCCUACGACAGCGAGCGGCAUCGGGCGCUGCUCACCAAGGGCGGGUUCUUCGUGAUGCACGGAAGGUUCGGCAACCCACAGAUGCGGUUCGUGUGGAUGUCGCACGACCUGGGCACCAUCCUCUGGAGAUGCUGUGGCCACACGGCGGUGAAAGGAUCAGCCAAGACAACUCUAUUUGACUUCGUGCACCUCGGCUUCCACAAAGGCGCGCUAGCGACCGCGAACAAGCCAGCGGCCGCCGCCGCGGGGAACGCCAUGAAUCAGAUCGUUUUGACCGGCGGAGCGAGGAGGAACAAGCUUGUGCUUGAGCUGGACGGCGGGAACGCGGACACCGACGCCGAAGUUGUCCAGACGUGGUUCCAGGCUUUCAACUUCGCGGUAAACUUCGCCAACACCGAGGUGAUCUCGAGGAUGCUGCAGUCGUCGGGGCGGCGUCGUUCGACGCUGACGCAGGCGGCAGCGGCCCGGCGCUCUUCGCUGAACAGCGCGCUUCCGGUGCCUCACGCUCAGGCCAGCUCAACGGCGGCGGCAACAACUGUCGUCGGUCGCGAGGCGACGACCUACUCCGCAGCCGCGGACGACGCCCUUGUUCCGUCGACACCGGCCGAAGCUCGAGGAGGCGGCGCUGGCGUAGCUCCCCUGAGGACCAAAUCUCGACCACUUGCGGCCCUACGGCCGGCGCCGUCCUCGCUGCCGCCACCACCGUCAGCAGGGCGCCGCGCACCAGUCGACGACGCCAGCCCCAGCAGCACCAGCAGCAGUAGCCGCGGCAGCGUUGGUAGCGGUUCCGGUGGCGGCGGGAGCCGGAAGCGCACAGACUUGGCAGGCAGCACGACAACCUCGCAAGGAGCAUCAUUUGUUCGGCCUCCGCCGAUCGAUACGAGCAACCCGGCCGGGUUUGUCGGCCCCGCCAGCCCGUCGCCGAGGGGCCAGCCCGCACGAACCUUAUCGCCGCCCCCGCGCAUGGGGGCGUACGACGCCGAUGGCGACGCCGAUUUCGACAGGGAAGAACACCUAGGUAGCGGCCACCGCGACUACACCAGAGACGGCAAGGACGUAGAAACGAGAGAGAGAAAGGAGUUCCUGAAAUCUUUGGCCACGGAGGCGGCGACCGUCAUCAACAACAGGACCCUCACCAAGACCAACUUUGACCUGAGACCUCGUUAUGAUGAAGGAGAAACGUCGUCACCUUCAUCGUCCAACGCCCGCGCCAGCACCGCCACCGGCGGCAGCACCGGCUCUAGCAGAAGCCGCCGGGAGAGCGAAAGCAGAAACAAGGCGCUCUCGUUGCCUUUCCGCCAGCUUAUCGCCCACCACGCGCCGUCUGUCGCCAGCCACCAUGCCCUAGAAACGCCAACGCGGCGACCCGCGAGUCCCAGGGCGCGCGUAGGGGCCGUGAGGCGCGGGAGUGGUUGUGACGGCCUUGGCUUUGGUGGUGGCGUUGGAGUGGGUGUUGGGGGCGCACGCUGGGCGAUCGGCAAGCCUCUCAGCGGUACCGGGAGACGCGGGAGCGCAGGCACAGGCGAUAGCGACACGGGCAAGGUGUUAGCCGACGGCGUCCGAUGGGCUAGCAGCAAGCCCGCUAUCAACACCCGAUCAAUCACCACGGCACCGGCCCAACCGUACCGUGAACGUGCCGGCAGCGCAGACGGCCGCGUCCCGAUCGCCAUUGCUUCCGAUGGGCAAGCCGAAGAGAGUGAGAGCGGUUCGUCAACGUCCCCGCCUCCCCGAAGCAGAGCGGAGGCUUUCACCACGGCCAGAUCUGCACGCUCGCUGCAAGAGCGAGGAGGGGCGACGUCGCCCACGCGGGGGUUCGCCCGUGCAACCGCCCGGCGCUUGUCGGCGCUCGGGGCGAAGGCAGUCGGGGGCAUCGGCUUGGCGGGAACGGGUAGCAGCAGCGGACCCGCUGGCGUGAUUUCCCGAUCUCCUCCUCCUCCUCUUCCUCCUCCUUCAACCACUGCCACUGCCCCCACAGGAGGAGACUCUCCGGGCGCGAGAGGAGACGGCCCGCCCCCACCCCCCUCUCAUGAGCAACGUCGACGGAUGUCAGCUGCGCCUCUCACCGAGCAGCAGCUGCUACAGGUGCAAUCAUCGAGCCAGCCACAGGCAUCACUGCCCCGCGCUGGAGGGGCGACCUCGCCACCGCCAACCUCUGGCGCAUCCCGCAGGAGGUCGUCUGCGCAGCAGAGGCUCCUUCAGGACUUCGUGGCAAUGAACGGAGCCCGCUACCCCGGUGUCGGGCUCGGUGAUCCUGCGGCCGGUGGUGCCAGCAACCGCUUGGACUCCGCGGGGUUUGCCGCGCCAGCCAUGACGGCGAUCCGAUCAUCUCAAUCGCAAGCUGGCGUGGCGUGA